AUGUUCAUCUUGACCAAAAUCUCUGAUUUGGUCAGGGUCCCACCAGAUCAAUUCCACCGACACCCUAAGGCAGCAAUCUUCCACCAGUUAAACAACAAGUUCGCAAAUAAGGUAAUACCUCAUGUGGGACUCUGUGUUACAAUCUAUGACUUGCUGGCCGUCGAAGAGGGCCAGUUGAAGCCCGGAGACGGAGCUGCUUUCAUCAAUACAACUUUCAGAGCACUAGUGUUUAAACCCUUCGUGGGCGAGAUCAUUACGGGCUGGAUUUCCCAGUGCACAGUAGAAGGUAUAAAGGUUUCGCUUCUUGGAAUUUUUGACGACAUCUUCAUCCCCCACAAAAUGCUAUUCGAAGGGUGCUAUUUCUCGCCGGACGACAGCGCCUGGGUUUGGCCCAUGGACGAAGAAACGAAAUUGUACUUUGAUGUCAACGAGAAGAUUAGAUUCCGCGUGGAGCAAGAGAUUUUCGUGGAUGUCAAGCCCAAGUCACCGAAGGAGAGAGAGGCUGAGGAACAAAACGAACAAAUUGAAGACGGUGCAGAGGAGAACAAAAAGCCAAAAGUAGAAAAACCUCCCGCAUACGCGCUCCUGGGGUCUUGCCAAACUGAUGGAAUGGGCCUCGUAGGCUGGUGGGAAUAA